CGGGCAAACCCUUGGAUUUUUCCACGGGCUAUUAUCUCUUUAAUAAUAGCCAUACUUUGUCUGUCUGUCCGAGAAAGCCGCGUCCUGUUACGGAAACACGAAAUGAGAUAUAUAAAGGAUGGCAGGCCCAGUGGAUUUUUCCACUGGUUAACAGCUAGUCAAUAAGUAUUAUGCAAUAUGUACGUACGGUUUUCUGUGAUCAAAAAUUUGUCCAAGGUGAAAAAUAUUCUGAACCCACCCCAGUUCUUUUGAGGUUUUUAUUAUGUUAAAUGUUUAUGUUUUGUUUAUGUUAUAGAUGAGUCCCGAAACAUAUUAGUUAACAAAGUUACACAAGAAAUUACUGCUGAGCCAAACACUGGUAGAGAUAUUAAACCAUCAAUAGGUAACAAAAGACAAUAGAGUACUAUAAAAGUAACUCUUUUAAGAAUUUUAUUUCCUGAUCGAGGUAUGGGUUUUUACUGUUAAUGUUAACAAAAAAUGUGUGAUUAAAUAUCUUCAAUGCAACUAAUCAUAUCAUAAAAUAAAACAGAAAGUGUUAAAAGAACACAAGAAUCAGGUCAUCCGGCCCAAUGGCAAGUCCAAUAUUUCACUCAAAGCAACACAAUUACAGUAAAAAUAACAAAACUAUUAACAAACAAUUAUUAAAGGAGUUACAAGAGAAGAUACUGCAAAAAGAACAACAACCACAAUCACUAGAUUUACCGCAAGAAGAAGUGCUACCAUCACCACUAACACGGCGACACACACUACCACUUCGACUGAGACAAAGUCAGAAGCAAACUGUACCGUGGCUAAAGCCACUACCACGACCACGACCAUCUCAACGACCAUUACUAUCACAACGACCAUUAUCAUUAUAUGAACCACGUCAGCAAACACAAGCUGAACUAGAAACAGUAACAUUGCAAGUAUCACCACCAUCUCAGGAAGCAAUACCACGGUGUACCAACUCACUUAAAACGGCACAGUCAAAGAGAUAUUCACAUCCAGUGCCAAAUAGAUCUAUGUUAGAAGACCUGAGACCAGCUGUAUUCACACCAGGAGAAAGAAAGAUGACUUCUCCAGAAAAAUCAUUUCCUACUAAUGUAACAUCAAAUAAAAGUGCUGAAUUUAUCCCGAAUGAAAAUGAAAUAAGACAAAAUCAACCAGAUUUUGAAACAGCAAGAGCAAUGUUUGAGAAAUCUGCAACUAACAAAACUAAAAAAUAUGUAAUAACUGAAAGGAAAAUCUUGAAAGGUACUUCUUUGGAAGAAGAAACAUCGCAGAUGCAUCAAACGGAAAUUGAACAAGUUACACCAAGUUCAUUUGGAAGACGAAGAGCAGUAUUUGAGAAAUCAGCAAUAAGCGAAGUUCAAAAGGAUUUAAAAGAAAUUUCAAUUGAGAAAGAGGAAGCAUCUCAUAUUCUUGUGGACAAAGUAGAAUCUGUUGAUGGGGCUGUUCUCUCCAAGACAUUGGAAAAAACGGGAGACCAAAUUACGCUAAUGAAGAAACAAUACAAUCAAGAAGUAGAAAACUUAAGAUCACAAUUACGUGAAGAUCAGCAGCAGGUAUAUACAAUAUCAGAGAGUUUGGAACAAGCUAGAGUUUUUCAAGAAGAGUUAGAAGCAAAACGCGACGAAGUAAUGUCGCUGCAUGCACAGCUAGCAAAAACAAGAGAACAAAAUAUACAAGAGCUAGAAGAGCUGAGGAUGAAACUAGUUGACAAGGAAGCUGAAAUCGAUCGUAUAAAACUAAAACAACCAGAGGCUGGACGAUUCUGCGCUGAAAUUUCAGCUUUACAAAAACACUUAGUAAUAAAGGAUACAGAUGUAACUUCUCUAUAUGCACAGUUAGCAAAAACAAGAAGUAAAAACUUGAAAGAGCAAGAGCAGCUAAGAACUGAUCUAUUAAACACAAGAGCUCAACUUGAACUGUUUAAAGCGGAUCAUCCCGAGGUUAAACAACUUCGUUCUGACUUUGAAACCUCUCAAAAAAAUUUAGUAGCAGCGAAAAAGAAAAUUUUAUUUGUUAAUGCCGAACUAGAAAAAGCAAGAACUGACAGUCAACAAGAGAAAGAGCAGUUGAGAAAAGACCUGGCUGACACAAGAGCUCAACUUGAACUGUUUAAAGCGGAUCAUACCGAAGUUAAACAACUUCGCGCUAAUUUUGAAAUUUCUCAAAAAGAAUUAUUAGCAAAGAAUGAGAAAAUUUUCUCAGUUAAUGCCGAACUAGAAAAAGCAAGAACUGAUAGUCAACAAGAGAAAGAGCAGUUGAGAAAAGACCUGGCUGACACAAGAGCUCAACUAGAAGUGUUAAAAGCGGAUCAUCCCGAGGUUAAACAACUUCGCGCUAAUUUUGAAAUUUCUCAAAAAGAAUUAAUAGCAAAGAAUGAGAAGAUUUUCUCAGUUAACGCAGAACUAGAAAAAGCAAGAACUGAUAGUCAACAAGAAAAAGAGCAGUUGAGAAAAGACCUGGCUGACACAAGAGCUCAACUUGAACUGUUUAAAGCGGAUCAUACCGAAGUUAAACAACUUCGCGCUAAUUUUGAAAUUUCUCAAAAAGAAUUAAUAGCAAAGAAUGAGAAGAUUUUCUCAGUUAACGCAGAACUAGAAAAAGCAAGAACUGAUAGUCAACAAGAAAAAGAGCAGUUGAGAAAAGACCUGGCUGACACAAGAGCUGAACUUGAACUGUUAAAAGUGGAUCAUCCCGAGGUUAAACAACUUCGUUCUGACUUUGAAACCUCUCAAAAAGAGUUAGUAGCAGCGAAAAAGAAAAUUUUAUUUGUUAAUGCCGAACUAGAAAAAGCAAGAACUGACAGUCAACAAGAGAAAGAGCAGUUGAGAAAAGACCUGGCUGAAACAAGAGCUCAACUUGAACUGUUUAAAGCGGAUCAUACCGAAGUUAAACAACUUCGCGCUGACUUCCAAACCUCCCAAAAAGACUUUGUAAAAGAUAAUGAGAAACUCGCGUGCCUUACUAAAGAAACAGAAAUAAAUCAAAAGCAACAAAAAAAAGAACAACCAAAGAAUCUAACACCUGAAGCGAUAGCGGAGGUUAGUUCUUCCAUAAUUGACGCUAACGAAUUAAAAAAUUGCACAAAGGUUAACAAAAAUAAUUUCAAUGAUGAACAAAGCGCUCUUAGUGCUUGGGUUAUAGAUCGUUAUGAAAUAGUUAUGACAGAACAAGUGAUGGUGGAGGGGUCUUGGGGAAAUGUUAAAGUUGGUCGACUUCAAGGUAAUGGUGUGGCUGUCAAAAAAAUUAAUUCAUUGAUUCUUUCAAGUGACAAUCGUGAACGGUUUGAACUUGACGUAACCAUAGCAUCACAUUGCUGUCAUUCACGCCUUGUGAAAUUUAUCGGCGCAACAAAUGAAGAUGGAGUACCAUUAUUUGUCAUGGAACUUCUUGAGAGCGAUUUACGAAGUUUGUUGUCACGAGAAUCGUUGGGAGAUCGUGACUGUUUGCAAAUAGGAUUCGACACAAUAUGUGCAUUAAAUUAUCUCCAUCGGUGGAAACCUGCUCCUAUCAUUCAUAGCGAUGUCACUAGUUCGAAUAUAAUGCUGUAUCACGAUGGAGAUGGAUGGAGAGGAAAACUAGCAGGUUAUGAGGUGACUAAUUCUUCUCGACUUUUCCUAAUGCAGCAUCCAGGAACUUCACUCUACUGUGCACCUGAAGCAGCUAUCAAUCAAACACCGAAGCUUGACGUAUACAGUUUCGGUGUUUUAUUUUGUGAAAUGUGUACACGAGAACUACCGGCACCUGAGCAACGUGAAGAACAAGUCAAUAUGGUCACCAACACUGCAUACAAAAGUCUUAUCGAAGACUGCCUAAAAACAUGUGUCGAAGAUAGAAUAGACAGUGAGAACGUAUUAUCAAGGUUUGAACGAUGGAGAUUUUUUAGGCUUGGCAAUAAUGGUUUUUAAAUCUACUUAGACUACCUUAAUAGUUUGUCAGUCGCAAAAUUUAAUACUGCAUGAAGUGUGGGAAAUUGAAGGGGAGCCGUGGAAAAUCUCUAAUGAUCUGUAAAUCUUUUGAAAGAUUCGUAUAAGGUAAACAAUCUAUAAAUACUGAUAUCGCAAAAAACAGUUCCGCAGUAUUUUUCUAUGAAGGCUGAGUCGUAAAAAUUGAUUUUGCAAUUUGCAAUUUUUUAAGGGGUCAAUUUUAAUUUAGUCGUUUUUUUUAUACUGAUCAGAAUAUAAAAAUGGCGAAAGCACAUUCGCCAUUUUUAAUGAAUAUUAGGACUUUUGGAUGGAUAACUAUAGGGCGCUUCCAAAGUGUCAUAGAGUGGUUACGUUGGAACUUUGUCUCGUGAGACUUAGCUAUUCGCGAUUUCAGAUGUUGUUAAAGUUUUUUUGAGAGAAUUUUUUUUAAUUUUUAUAUUCGCAAAGCUUUUCCAAAGUUUUUGUCUCGCAAAAGUUUCUCCGAUAAAAUGUACUAAAACUGUAAAUUUUUGGAACCUGGUAUGUUUUUUAUACAAAUAUAUAUAUCAUAUUUGA